GAUUUCAUCAUUUCUACUCUGAUUCUUGCUGAGUGAACGUCAUUUUGAUUCUGUCAUUUUCCUGCGCCAUUUCGUUUUCUUGUACACGAUGUCUGCUAAACGAACUUAUUCUGCAUCUAAUGUCCUGUUUGAAGAUCCUGACUUUCCUUUUCGGGACUCAGAUGACGAUUUAAUCGAUGAAGUGGAUCAGAUUUUUCUGGAAAAUCCUAUGGAUCUACCCUUGUAUUAUCAAGUGGGCUCCGGAUUUGAGACUUCUCCGUCAUCAGCUCGUGGGUCUGUUUUUAUGGCUGGUUCCGAUGAACGUUCGAUCGAUGAGGCGAUUGUGCUCGAAGAAAAGUCUCGUCGCCGAAACCAUAAAUAUCAGGCCGAGGAGAUUACCUUCCGAGCUAGUAUAGAUAUGGAACGGCUGCCUCAGAACGUACAACGCAUCCCGAUGGUCCGAAUUCCGGACACCGUCCGGGAACUGUUUGAGCAGCUCAUUCGCCGAACGACAACUAAUCUGGGUCCCUCGGACCUCAUCCGAUUUUGUAUCCAAGCAGAAGGGCUGGAUAAGCCGAUAAGUACUUCCCUCAUGACAGUUUCGACUUUAACAGUGGAAAAGAUUCUGGCUGCCGUGAUGAAAGUUAUGCAGUCGAAAGACAAAAUUGAGCUAGAUUCAGGAUUCGCGGUGGAUGUCAUCACCAUCAGACGACCUGUGGGUGCCGGAGGAAAUCGGAGAGUCAUCAAUAUCUCCAUAGACAGAUUGAGAAAACAGUCUAUUUUGUCUAUUCCGUACGAUGAGGAAGGACUGUGCUGUGCCAAAGCCAUUGUGUAUGCCCUCGCACAUUUGAAAAAAGAUACGAGUGCCAUCAAUGCCAUGAGAAAUCGCAGUCGGCCAGCUCUUGUGAACAGGGCCAAGGAACUCCAUGUGGCCGCAAAUGUGCCUCUAGGUCCCUGCACAUUUACCGAAAUUGCCAGAUUUGAAGAGCACCUGGAUACUCAAAUUGCAGUCUUCUCAUCGGAAAAUUUGAAUCAGGUGGUGUACAAAGGAAGAGAGAGGGCACAACGGAUCAAUUUGUGGCUUCACGAUGGACAUUAUGAUGUCAUUAAGUCCCUGAAAGGGUUUUUUUGGCAGCAAGCCAUUAUUGCACAGCAUGUGAAAAGCCCUACCAAAUGCCUGAGAAGAACAUACGAUGUGCCAAUGCGUGUCCCUAUAUGCCUAAGGACCGAUUGCUUUCCAGGCCAGCCCCAACGAUGCCCAGGACUUGUGACCGUCUCUGCCGCUCCGAUGCCUGUUAUGCAGCACACAAAGCCCUCACUGGAAACCAAGAGUUUUCACUUUGCGAUAGGGUAUACCAGUGCAGGGACUGCUGCCAAGUGA